AUGAAGCAAGGUGUAGCAAGUCAAAUCAGUGGUAUAGAGAUGAUAUUCCUUCAUCUUGGAUACUUCAGUGAAACAGUCCAUAGGAAAUCGGCCGAAAUUCAUCCCAUGAAUACCCUUCAUAUUUCUUCGACACAUGUCAAAAUCAGCAAGUAUCAUCUUCACAAUGUGUCCUCUUACAAGAUUAACACACACUUGACAAGCCGGAUCAUUUUCAUCCUGAUACUCAACAGCAAAAGUGCCAUCACCGUCUGGCACACUAAUUUCAAUCCCUGCAUCCAGAAGAUAAGCCACCAUUCGUGGAUUUCGACUCAAGAAGACAGCGUGAUGAAGGUUCAUUUUUUAUCACUGCAAGCUCAAUUGGUGAGCAAUAGUAAAUGUGAUCAUGGAUUCGUAUUUGAGAUCGCUCAUUUAUUUCACCACCCG